UUUCAGGCCGAGGGCAUUGUGGGAAGCAGCCAUGGUCUGAGGCGGGCGCCUCACCUGUCAGCCGCGCCGGCUCCUGCACUCGGCUCUCGCCCUGGUGUGCCCCGCACUCGCCACUCGCCACUCGCCGGGCAGGAGCAGCGGCGGCCCCGCCACCAUGAUACAUUUCAUUUUGCUCUUCAGUCGACAAGGGAAAUUACGGCUGCAGAAAUGGUACACCACUCUCCCUGACAAGGAAAGGAAAAAGAUCACCCGGGAAAUCGUUCAGAUUGUUCUGUCUCGUGGUCACAGGACAAGCAGUUUCAUUGAGUGGAAGGAGCUAAAACUUGUUUAUAAAAGGUAUGCUAGUUUAUAUUUUUGCUGUGCAGUAGAAAAUCAGGACAAUGAGCUCUUGACACUAGAGAUUGUGCAUCGUUAUGUGGAGUUGCUGGACAAAUACUUUGGAAAUGUCUGUGAGCUGGAUAUUAUCUUUAACUUUGAAAAGGCAUAUUUUAUAUUGGACGAGUUUAUAAUGGGUGGAGAAAUUCAGGAAACAUCCAAGAAAACCGCUGUCAAAGCUAUUGAAGAUUCUGAUAUGUUGCAGGAGACAUUGGAAGAAUACAUGAACAAGCCUACGUUUUAACUGUACAUCUCCUUGAAGACUCUGAGUGCUACCUGUUGUGGACUUGUAAAGAAACAAUGCCUUGCAUCCAGUUAUUUGAGAGAGCCUCCGGCACCAUGCCAAAAAUAAUUUAAAAGGGAUUUUUUUGUUAACUAGCAAAGAUUAAAGUUGUUUAACAUGUUUAUCAUGAUUACAUGUCUGUAUUAUACUGUAUAUGAUUACUUACUGUAGCUCUGGAUGUUAAAAUAACUGCUCUAUAACUCAAUAGACUGAACAUUUGUUUGCAAUGUAUUAAUUCCAUAUAAUAUUUUUAAGCUAAUUUAAAUACAUUUGUUGUAAUAUGGUUUUGUUGCAUUUGAUCCUCUACUGAAAGGCUGACAACUGUAUUUUAAUAAUCCAUGAUUUUGAAUGUAAGGUAUAUCUUGUAUCAAUACUUUUCUAAAUGUUUAGCUCUUAAAACAGUAUGAUAAUUCAAAAUUAUGUUAAUAGUUUAGAGUUCAUACAUAACGCUAGACAUUUUUAAUACACUUAACAAUACUGUAAUUUCAGUCCAGAUACAAUGUAUCUGAUUUUAAUGUCCUGAAUUUAUUUUUUCAGGGUUGGAAUAAAGUAAAAAGAACCAAAGAUAGUAUAGGACUUAAGCAUUUUUGAGGCCUUGGAAGCUGCUAUCUUGGCUGAGGUUUCAAUUUUACCUUUUAAUUGAAUAUAAGGGACAAUUCAAUAAGGUUGCAUUUUCUACAAACUAUAUAUUUAUUAAAGUUUUUAGACAUCAUACAGUGUCUAUGACUUUCCUUAUUAUAAAAAUAGUAUAAUGGAGAUGAAUAACAAUAGUAAUAAUUAUUAUUACUGCUACUAUUUUAAUAAUCUUUUACGUUUUAAGCACUCUUAGUUGCUUGAGAGAUUUUGUUUCAAAUACAUUUUAAUGUCUAAGAUAUUUGACGAUUUACUGUUUAUUAGGUUUACAUAGAGCAUUUAAUAUUAUUGCUGCCUCUGUGGUAGAUGCCUUUUCUUCUUUUUCCUUUCCUCACCCCCAAAGAAAAUAUUUGCUGCUGGCCAUUAUUAUUGUGAAUAUGUCACAUUCAUGCUUCCUGGAAUGAAAGUUCUAUGUAACCAGGUAGUGAAUGUGAUCAGGCAUUGCUAGGAAAUAGCUUGUCAUGCUCCAUCUUGGUGCCCUGUCUUACCCGUGCAUUUUCAAUGUUAGUAUUGAGGUCUGGUAUCAUUCCUACUGGAGUGGUGAGGGACACUCAAGUGCUCUAAGAAUAUGCUUGUUGUUGGAUUCUCUAGGAGACCCCGUAAGGUAAACCUUUGGAGAACGUGAGGGAAAAAAACGCCUUCUUUGAUUCAUCUUACCAGACAUGUGUAGGCAAAAAUAGCAAGGGCUGAAGAACAGAAGGAAAACAUUGACCAGUUCCUCAAUAUAACCAUCAUCAAAUGGAAAUAACUCAGAUUAGUAUGUAAAGCAAUUAUUGGCCUCUUAGUCUCAUAUUUCCUCAAUUAAUCAUGUUACAAUUAAGGCAUCAGAUUGAAGUUUAACUGUCAUUUUUGAUCCCUGUGUUUACUUUAGGUCUUGCGUUUGUGGUGCAGCUUUUUGUUGUUAUUAAUAUGGGGGAACUAUUUUUAAAAACAGCUUAGUGAAGAUGGACUUUCUGUAAAACCUUCACAGUUUUUCUGAUUCUUUUGAAGUUUUCCACCUUUUUUGGAUGAAGGUAUUUAUUGAACCUCAUUCGAAUGUACUACACAGAUCUGGAGAAUUCCAUAUUAGACACUGUCUAGCUAUAGACAGGGCUUCUCAGGCUUCAUGUCAGUGUCACACAUAGAAAAAGGACAUAAUGAUAUGGCACUGUGAGGUAAAUCUGAAGAACUUGCGGGACAUCUUAUGUGGGUCUUGGUGAAAAUAAUCAUUAUGUUUUCUUUAUAAUAUGUAAUUAUAAUACCAAGUGAAAGAAAAUUAUAAUAUAUAUUA